AUGUCAGAACUACAACCGCCUCGUAUUCAGACGGAAGAUGCAGGUGCACACGAGCUCUCAGAGUCCUCCGACGAGCACUUCUCUUCCGCAUCAGAGGGCGGGGAGCCUGAACGAUUGAGCAGCGACAAUGCACCGUCAUCACCCAUCCCGAUCACCAGAGUGGAGCGUGUCGACGAUACUGCCGCACAUGGAGAAGUCCCGGGGACCCCUGCAUACAAGAUGCGAACGCAGGAUGCAGUACCUGACGAAAUUGAGAUAAUCCCCGAGCACCAGCGCUCCCGUAGCGCAACCCUGAGCAGAAGCCGCGCAGCCUCAACUCUCAGCGCCACGAGUCGCCCACAAACACCAGGUGGAUCACCUGUCCCACGGACAGUAGUGGAAAAGGUCGACAACAUGCCAAGACACGGUGAAGUCGAAGGCACACUAGCUCAUGAGAAAAGGUUGGCGGAUGCGGUUCCGGACGAAGUGAGGACAGUCGGCGAUGUGCCGAGCCCGAAUGGUAGCAAAAUAGUAGAACAAGGCCCAGAAGAGCGGCAGGCGUGGUUCCGAUCAAUGUGGGAUAAUGAAAAUGUUGCUGAAGAUACACAACUGGAGACUACCGAUGAAAAUCACGACUUUGGUGACGAUUUUGACGACUUUGCGGAGGAAGGAGGUGACGAUGACUUUGGCGACUUUGAUGAAGCAGACGAAACAACGAAUGUGCAGCCUGUCGCAGAGGCGCCUCCCUUACCACAAACAGCACCAAGCGUGCUCGAUACACUCCCUCCUUUGAGUCCCGACUCUGAUUUUGCAAAACCAACUUCGAACGAGGCCCUGGAGGCCUACCUUGACGCCAUAUUCCCAAAUUCGAGUUCCGAGCGUGCUCGUGUGGCAUCGCCAGAAUCUUCGAACAACUCAGCUUUCCUGUCCGAGCGUUCACUUUCUCUCUGGCAACAGCUUGUACAACCUCCACCAAUGCAACCACCGAAUUGGACACGCAGUAGAAUUCGACGACUCUUCUUAGUAUCUCUCGGAGUUCCCGUCGAUCUCGACGAGAUCCUCCCGCCUUCAAAGCAGAAGCGCCUUAUCUUACCCAACAUUACUAUUAAUAACACACCGACAUCUGCAAGUGCACUAGACAGGAUACGAAACACGGAUACGAACGAUUCGUCCACCUCACUUGAUUCGAAGACGGGCGCGCCCAAGCGGAGCAAGAGGACGGGUCCCUCGAGAGGUCCUUCAGCUCCGCCAGACUUCGAUGCAAAUCGUGCAGCUUUGAUCUGUGGAACCACAGACGAAGCUAUGAGCGGGUUCGAAGAUGCGGAAUUGAAGGACCAUACGUUCACGCUUGAGAUACUCAACCAGAAGGCCAGCACAGUCCUCGAAUACUGGCUUCAACGAAGGGAUGAAGCUGUAAAGGAGAAGGAGGCCCUGGAAGGCGUUAUUGAGAAUCUUGUAGGCUUUGUGAAAGGUCGUCGCAACAAGUAA